AGGCGGCUGCCUGCGGGAGCAUCCCUCCCCGGGGCCCGCCGCCGCCUCCCGGCCGGGGCCGCAGGGAGCGCAGGGGGUCUCGCCGCUGCGCCGGGCACGGCCCCGCGCCGAGGGGGCGGAAGAGUUGGAGGGUGCCCCGGGGCCACCCGGGAAAAGCAGGUGGCCCGAGCUGCGGGGUUUGCUUUCGCGACCCCGGCGGGAGGACGGAGGGGGCCGGCGGAGGUGCGGGGGGCCGAUGGCGGUGUGGUUAACGCGCCUCUAUUCUUCUGUGCGCGGAGCCUCCCGGGUCCCCUCAGGACCCCAUCCGACACCGGGGGUCUCCCCCCUCGUCCUCCUCACUCACCCACCGGCGGUUCACAGCGGGUGGCGUUCGGCUCGGCUUUCCCGUGCACUUUUCCUCCCAAAACUCUGCCGUUGAGGCUGCGACCGAAAUAAAAGGCGGUUCGUGAUUCUGUGCGCAAUAAUGUUCCCGUUAAAAGAUGUCACUUAGGCAUCCAGCAUCUUCAGAAUAUCCCAGUAGGGUUUUUGGUUGGUUCAUUUGUUUUUGUCUGGAUAUUCGGAGGUCUGGGGGGAAAACGGCAGAAAAAAGAGUGAGCUUUUUAAACUUCAUGCAGUGUUUGUCAUGUGAAAUCUUCAGCUGUUGAGAAAUAAUUCUGAGUAACCAGAUGGGCUUAUUUUAAAUGGGCAUCUUUUUGUCUCAAAGACGUCUGCAAUUCUCCAUUGAGAACACCCCUGGAUGAGGAUUUCCUCCGAUGCAUUUUUCCCUCCCCCAAGUCUCUCUGAAACCAACAAGACUGGGGUUAUGAAGUCAAUCCUAGAUGGCCUCGCAGAUACAACUUUCCGAACAAUCACAACUGAUCUCCUUUACGUGGGUUCCAAUGAUAUCCAGUACGAAGACAUGAAAGGCGACAUGGCAUCCAAGCUGGGGUACUACCCCCAGAAGUUUCCUCUCUCUUCCUUCAGGGGUGAUCCUUUCCAAGAAAAAAUGACUGCGGGAGAUGAUCCCCUGUUGAGCAUUAUUCCCUCAGAUCAGGUCAACAUCACAGAGUUUUACAACAAGUCCCUGUCCACGUUUAAGGAUAAUGAGGAGAACAUACAGUGUGGGGAGAACUUCAUGGAUAUGGAGUGCUUUAUGAUCCUGAACCCCAGCCAGCAGCUGGCCAUCGCUGUCCUGUCGCUCACCCUGGGCACCUUCACGGUCCUAGAGAACCUCCUCGUCUUGUGCGUCAUCCUCCACUCCCGAAGCCUCCGGUGUAGACCCUCCUACCAUUUCAUUGGCAGCCUGGCUGUGGCCGACCUCCUGGGCAGCGUGAUUUUUGUCUACAGUUUUGUGGAUUUCCAUGUUUUUCACCGGAAGGACAGCCCCAACGUCUUCUUGUUCAAACUGGGUGGAGUUACAGCUUCCUUCACCGCCUCCGUAGGUAGCCUUUUCCUCACGGCAAUAGACCGGUACAUAUCUAUACACAGGCCACUAGCUUACAAAAGGAUUGUUACCCGACCAAAGGCUGUCGUAGCGUUUUGUGUGAUGUGGACCAUCGCUAUUGUAAUAGCCGUUCUUCCUCUGCUCGGCUGGAACUGCAAAAAGCUCAACUCUGUUUGUUCAGACAUAUUCCCUCUCAUUGACGAGACAUACCUGAUGUUCUGGAUUGGGGUCACCAGCAUCCUCUUGCUGUUCAUUGUCUAUGCCUACAUGUACAUACUGUGGAAGGCUCACAGCCACGCUGUUCGCAUGAUUCAGCGGGGCACACAGAAAAGCAUAAUCAUUCAGUCUACGGAGGAUGGUAAGGUACAGAUCACUAGGCCUGAUCAAACUCGUAUGGACAUCAGGUUAGCCAAAACCUUGGUCCUUAUCCUAGUCGUUUUAAUCAUAUGCUGGGGCCCUCUCCUUGCCAUCAUGGUGUAUGAUGUCUUUGGGAAAAUGAACAAGCUCAUCAAGACUGUCUUUGCCUUCUGUAGCAUGCUCUGUUUGCUGAAUUCAACAGUGAAUCCCAUCAUCUACGCUCUGAGGAGCAAGGACUUGCGACACGCCUUCCGCAGCAUGUUCCCCACCUGCGAAGGAACCGCGCAGCCCCUCGAUAACAGCAUGGAGUCUGACUGCCAGCACAAACACGCCAACAACGCGGGGAACGUGCACAGGGCUGCCGAGAGCUGCAUUAAGAGCACAGUUAAGAUUGCCAAAGUUACCAUGUCUGUCUCCACAGACACGACUGCUGAAGCGUUGUAAGUCAGAGACUUCUCAGUAUUGUGAGAAAAGGAGUUAGUUUAAAACAAAAAAAAUCAACAACAGAGAAAACCAAACCCGUGGCUUAACGUGUUUGUACCCUCCUGUAAUAUUUUUUUGGUUUGUCAUUGUAAGCUGAGCGAUGAUUGUGUUAAGAGCAUUACCAUCAGCCAGUUCUUCAGGUUUUACAAUUAGGGACUCAAGCUAAAUUUUCAAAAGUUUUUUUCUCAAAAAGUGUUUACUGAAUAAUAGUAAGUUUCCUGAAAGAGCACACACAAAAUACCAGGUUGGUAACGGCUCCUUUUGGGGGUGUGAAGAAAAAUUGUGAAACCUAAUUGAAAACUAAUGCAUCCUAAACCAAUACCAUCAAAUAAGAAAAAGAAGCCUUGUAAUCAUGCUGUUCAUUUCAAUGUGAGGUGUAUUUCAUGUCUGUAAGUAAUAGGAGUUUUUGAUUUUUUCCAAAAGCGGCAGUGCUGAGUUUUAGAGGUUUUGUAAAAUGUGUCGUGUCCCGUGAAUUGUAUGCUGUUUUAUUAUGUGUUAUUGAUAUUUGUCUGAUUAAACAAAGUGGUAAGGUAGACUUCCGUGGAAGUAAUGUGAAAUGUGAUAUGUAAACCCCAUUGAAAACACUUACUGUAUUUGGAGAAUUCAUAUGAGCUAUUUUGGAAAUUUUACACUUUUAGUGGUCUUCUGUGGACUUAGAGGAGAGGCUUUGUGUUCUUCUACUAAAAUUAUUUCCCCACUACCUUUUACUUUCACAUGCACACAAGAGUAACAGCAACAAAGGAAUAGAGGAGGAAUGUAAGACAGGAAUGCACUGGUUCAGACUUUUAAAUACCGCUGCGUUUAUACAGAAGGACGUUCAUGGUUGUACAGACUAUUGCCCUGCUCUCGGGCGUUGCGUGAAUAUGAACACUGAAAGGCGAAGGUCCUGGAUAUUGGCUCCUUUAACAGGCAACUGGUUUUAAGCCACGUGCUGGUGCUGGACCACUGAAGACAGCAUGUGUCAGACUCAAUGUGUGAUGUUAUCACUGUGCAGUCGAUGUAUACUUGAAGUGUGUCGCAUUCCUGUAUCCCAGGUUUAAGCAGAUUCAGAGCCUGAGAUGCCAAACUCCCAUCUUCACUAAAAGAGGAGGAAAUACUGUCAGACUUAGACAUUUUCUUAUUGUGUGAGCGUGUAUAUAAAUAAAUAUCUAUGUGUUUGUAUGUGCGUGCGUGCGUGUGUGUGUAAGUAUACUAAUCAGUGUGAGUCAUGGUAGCAUAACUAAGAUAGGUCACUAUGACCAAUGUAAACUGUAUUUCUUGUUGCACGCUUUGCACACGAAUUCUGUUUCUAAAAUUGAGUUCUUCCAACUGAUUACUGAUGAAAGUACCAUAUUAAGAACACCUCGAUCCACUCUGAGAGGUGUAUCCAUGGGCUAGAGAAAGCAACCUUUCAGUUGUACUUGAGAAUAAGGGGAAACAAGAGGCAGAGCACGGCACGAGCCUGUACUGACAACAGCAGUGGCUGUUGAUGGUGUUCCUGAAAACUGAGAAAGCCAGAAAUAAAUGAUAAUUUGUUUUAAGACUGUCAGGAUUCAAAUCUGAGUGCUUGAAAUGGUGUGAGUCUCACUGUGAAAUCAGGAUACAGAUGACAAGGUUUGACACCAUCAGCUUCGAGGAAGGAGAUGUUAUUGAAGGAACAUGGCACCUCUGUUCCCUGGUGGGAUUGGUUCUGCAGCCUGGGACUUUCACAAGGAGCAUGUUACUGGAUAGUCUUUGAGGCAUGGAUACUCUGUAAUUCCAUUCUGAGUCAGAAGGUACUGGGUCCUCUUCUCUGCUGCCUUGCUUUUUUGGACCGUUUCCUUACCCUUCUUCUGGCUGAUUUCUGCCAAAAUAGCUGCAAAGGCAGCUUAGCCCAUUAGCUGCCUGACGCUUGCCGCAAGAGGGGCGGCUCCCUCUGUGGCACUGGGCGAGCGGAGCCAAAUCCAUGCUGCCCUGACGCCCACCCUCGGGCUUAGGUAGGGAAAGAGCAGGGCAGCAACCCUGGGGUCUCUGGCCACCGUGGUGUCCCCAUGGUGUUUCUGAUACCUCCGUGCAGGCCAGAGCAGCCGGUAGCGCAAACGGCCCAGCCGAUUUCAGCCAGUGGCUCCGCGGGGCCAUAAUUGGCUCCAGGCUCAGGCCUGGUGAGGGGCGGCACAUUUUAAAGAUCUCAUCAGAUGAGGUGCUGAGCAGCAGCUGGAAGGCACAGGGGCACUCUCCUCCUCCACCUCGCUCCCCUGCAGCUUACCUGGGUGGUAGGACAGGACAGCAGGCGCUCGAGGGGGCCGCAGCAGUCAGCCGAAACCGGCAGAUUGCAGAGGAUUCCCAGAGGACAUGCAAGUCCUCCGUCUGAAAGAUCUUUCUUGUACCUAGCUGUAGUCCAUCCUAAAGCAGGAGGAGGCAGGGGGAAAGUCCAUUUGAAAUGUAAAGGUAUUUUAAGAGCCAUUUUUGAAACUUGUCUUCUUGUGAAUUAAAUGCAAACUUUGUGGACUUUCGUUGUGCAUUCAAGUUCUAAAUCUUACAUGAUAAAUCAUGGGACAAUGGGGCUGUCUUGGCACUUAACUUGGUGCUUAUUGAUAUAAUAAAAAAUUGCAUCCUGUGAAAUGUUACCGUCUAUCAUCAGUAUCUUCAUUUGCAUAAUGAGUUUUUCUAAAGCUCUGGGAUCUGUGUCGGUUCACUUAGAACCGUUUAUUAAAGAGGUGGCAACAAUUUCCCUACACGUUAAGCACUAAGUAGAACUACUCUUUCAUUAGAAAAAUCUGCUGCCGUUCCACGAUAAGCUGUACUUAAACUUCAGCUUUAGGUAUUCCUGAUUUGCAGUUGCCUACCUUCACCUAGUGAUAGCACAGCCAAACGAUACUGUGUUCCACAGCCACCCACACUCAUCAUCAACCAACCAACGAUAGCUGCAGUAACGUAUACGUACCAAUUCCCAAGUGUCGCGUAUCUACCGAGAAGACCAUCUGUGUCACAUGCGUGCAGAGUUAGAUUCUCAACAGUCUAAUUGUAUAUUUGUAUAAUACAAUCUCCUCGAUGCUGUGCAAUCACUAUCCACAUCUUCUUGCACUGGCCUUUUGAUGAAAAUUUUAGUGUGUCUAUUGUGAGAUAGACAGCGCAUUUUACCUGCUGUUAUUGGGCUGAAUGUAUGUAAAUAAGUGAAAAAUAAAAAAAGUCAUCUGUACAAGCAGUGGCCUAAAAAGUCUGUAAUUGUAGACUAGAACAAUUGUUGAAGUUGCUGUGACAUCUCAAAUACUACCUUUGAAUAAACUGUUUACAGGGUCUCUUGGAUGCUGUUUCAUAGUGAAAGGAAAAUUGUUCCUUGUGAUAAUAUGAGGUAAAGAAAUUGGAUUACCUGAGCUUUUUAUUUCCAGUGUUUCAAAGUGGAGAACAUAACUCUCUAUUGUCUGUAAAUCUAACAUUAUUACUUCCUCUUAGAAGAAUAUUGUAUCAUUAGAUGUUCGUUUGAGCUGGUAACAUCCUUGCAACUGCUGCAAUAUUUUUCAUUAGCAACCUGUAUAAUAGUUUGUACACAAGUAACGUUCAGAUUGUCAUGAAAAGUAGCUUUGACCAUUUACCUACCAGUAGCAGAAUAGUAUUUCUGUAAGAUUUCCAGUGUAUUCCUACCAUAUCAUAUUUUAUUUCUAUAAUGUAAUUAAACUGUUAUUUAUUCAAGGAGAAAAAGUAUUCCUCUACUUUUUUUGUUUUCCAAAUUUUGAGAUAGCUGAGGAAGCCACGUGAUGAUGCUGCCUCAUCCCACAAUCUGGUGCUCUACGUUUUGUUUAUAAGUUUGUCUGUCAGAUUCUGAAACAACUGGUUAAACAACUUGACAACAGGUUGUCAAGCUUUGUGGCUUUUAAUUGUAUGUUGAUGUGUUUGAAGGGGGAGGUAGAUUAUAUAUUUUAUAUUUGUGUAUUCAGUACUGUGGAGACAAGAGAGAAAUGACAUAGUUAAAACUGAAUCUCCUGUUUCAUUAUGUAGGCAAUUUCCCCUUUCCUCUGUAUUAGCCAAAAUGCAAUAAAUCUCUUUUGCCUUCCUCA